CCGUAACUAAACGACAACACCAGCACUUUUCUUUAACUUUACCUUCUCACCCAACAAGCACAAUAUUAUCUGCCAGUAAAAUACACUCUUUUGGGGCAGAGAACUUGUUCUUCAUUUUGUAAAGAGAUAUCUCUUUAUUUUAUUAGAGCGCUUUUGUGUGUCUUUGUUUCUAUCUUCUAUACAUUGAUCGCCUUGAGUUGUGGGCUACGUUUCCCCUCGAGCUUGCUUUGAGAGUAGCCCUGGGGCUCUCUUCAAACCGUCAAGAUGAGUUCCGACUACUCUUAUGACGAGCAGGGCCAAUUCUUCCCCUUCUUUAUCCUGACUCUCACCGGCAUCGUCACUGUUCCCCUUACCUACACACUCCUUCGCCCGAACCGCGACCAAGAUGCGCUUGCGCCACGGAUCAAGACCAACUACAAGUCAGAGCAUGCGGCUACUGUCGAGUCGCUCAAGUCAGCACAGAAGCGUAGCCAAUGGAGGGUCAAGCGGGUUAUCUUUGUGAUAAUCGGCUGGGCCCUCAUGGCUGGCAUGGCCUACCUGAUUAUGGUCACCCAGCGAACUGUCCCCAAGCUUUGGAACCCUUACGAUAUUCUAGGUAUCUCGGAGUCUCUCAAUGAGAAGCAAAUCAAGUCGCACUACAAGCGACUCUCCCUCAAGUUCCAUCCCGAUAAGGUUCGACCUGACCCAGCCAAGAACGAGACUGUUGAAUCCCUCAACGACUUCUACGUCGAACUCACCAAGGCCUAUCAAGCGCUCACCGACGAAGACGUGCGCAACAACUACAUCCAAUAUGGCCACCCCGAUGGAAAACAGAGCUUUAGCAUGGGAAUUGCUCUUCCCCAGUUUAUGGUCUCCGAUGGUAACGGCAAGUAUGUCGUUCUUCUGUACACUAUGCUUCUUGGAGUUCUUCUGCCCUGGCUCGUUGGAUCAUGGUGGUAUGGCACCAAGAGAAUGUCCAAGGAAGGUGUCCUGAUGGAGAGCGCCAACAACCUGUUCCGACAAUACGACGACGAAAUCGAGGAGGGCGGCAUCAUCACUGCUCUCAGCGCUGGCAAGGAGUUCGAGGAGAUUCUGAAGGGCGACAAGGGCGAAUCUGGUCUUUCCAAGAUCGAGUCCCGAAUUACAGCUGAAAGCGAGGUCGGGCCCACUGCUUCUGGCAUGUCGCUCAAGGACAAGGAGGCUCUCGAGGAUCUUGACAACGGCGUUCGACGAAAGGCCCUCGCCCUUCUCUGGGCUUACCUUGGCCGUGUUGAGCUCGACGACCCUGCUCUGACCAAGGCCAAGUUCCAGGUUGGCCCUAUCGCCCGCGCCCUCAACCAGUCCUUCAACGCUAUCACUCUCGCCUACGGAAACAUUGGUCCUAUUGCCAACUCGUUCUAUACCAGCCAGAACCUGAUCCAAGCUGUUGCACCCCACGCCUCUCCUCUUCUCCAGCUUCCCCACAUCACUCCCGAGAUCGCUCGUGCUAUCGAAGGUGACUCCAAAACACACAUGCCUGUCCACCGAUUUAUGGAUCGACCAGACGCACAGCGCAGACAGCUUGCUGUUGGAAAGGGCCUCCUGACUGAGGAGCAAUACCAGACCGCGAUUGGUGUCGCUAAGCAGAUUCCCUUCUUCCGUGUAUCUAGGGCUUUCUUCAAGGUUACUGGAGAGCGCUUUAUUAUCCCUUCGUCACUGGUUUCCCUUGUCAUCAAGGGCCGCUUCAUUCCUCCUGGUACUGAGAACAUUCCUCCUGUCAACGAGCUGGAUCUCGAGGACAUUGACCCGGCUGAGGACGAUAUCGAGGCUAUCAACGGACGCAAGAAGAAGACUAUCAAGGGCCCUGACGGCAAGCUUAUUCCUAUCGAGGAGGAGUCAAUCCUGCCCCCUCUGACGCACGCACCUUACUAUGCCCGUGAUCACUCUCCUCAAUGGCACGCUUUCCUUAGCGACUCUAAGCAAGGCAAGAUGGCUGUUCCUCCUUUCCACUUCGCCAAGUUUGAUCAGCCUAUUAUCGAUGAUGAGGGCAAGCCUACUUUCAACAUGCAGACUCUCAAGGCUCAAUUCGCCGCACCUCCUCAAGCUGGUCACUACACCUUUGUUUUGCACGUUAUCUGCGACUCCUAUGUCGGCUUCGAUACCAAGAUGGAAGUUACAUUGGUUGUCGAGGAAGCAAGCAAGGCAGCGGAGAUGCAAGCUGAGGACGAGAUCAGUGAGCCUGAAGAGGAUUCUCUCGCUGGACAGAUGCACGUUCUCAAGACUGGUCAGACUCCCAAGACCCGUAGAAGGGAUUCUGACGACUCUGAGGAUGAGAGUGGAACAGAUGAGGAGGAGGAUGACACCAGCGCAACAAAUACCGAUACUGAGGACGAGUCAUAACGGCCUACCAGUCUCUCUUUGUGGAUAUUAAAAAGUACUGUAAUCACUAAAUCAUGAGCGAAACCCCUCUUAGGAGCAUGAUGUGUGUAUACGGAAGCGACAUCAUCCUUGUGUAUGUAUGUAUUAGGAAGGGAGGGAGUCUGGAGGAAGAUAACAAACACUUUAAAGCUUGGGCAUUUGUUUCUCUAUCUAGAAACAAGUUGGGAGUUUAGGGGUUUCUUUAAGGCACACACUCAGUAUAUAACUCUUUCUUGUUGUGCUUAUUCUCAUUCAACUUCAAAUUAUUUCCACAGCCGGCUUGUUU